GGCGGACGCGUCUCGAUGCCGGGGGAGACGGAAGAGCCGCGACCCCCGGAGCGGCAGGACCAGGGAGGGGGGCCGGCGGCGGCGGAGCCCCAGCCACAGCCCCCUGAGGCGGCGGCGGCGCCGCCCGCGGGGCCCCCCAGCAGCCGCGUGCUGAGGGGAGGCCGGGACCGGGGCCGCGCCGCCGCGGCCGCCGCCGCCGCCGCCGUGUCCCGUCGGAGGAAGGCCGAGUACCCGCGCCGGCGGAGGAGCAGCCCCAGCGCCAGGCCCGCCGACGCCCCGGGGCAGCCGGCCCAGGCCGCGAAGCCGCCGUCCCCGGCCCAGGGCAAGAGGAGCCCGCGCCUGCUAUGCAUAGAAAAAGUAUCAACUGAGAAAGAUCCCAAGGAAGAGAAAGAGGAGGAAGAGUCUCCCUUAGCUCAGGAACCUCCCGCGGCAGCAGCUCGGCCUAGCCGGGGCUGGCGCGGCAGCAGCCGCACAUCCAUCUCUCGGCAUCGCGACGCGGAGAACACCCGCAGCUCUCGGUCCAAGACUGGUUCCCUGCAGCUCAUCUGCAAGUCAGAGCCAAACACAGAUCAGCUUGAUUAUGAUGCAGAAGAGCAUCAGUCUCCAGGUGGCAUUAGCAGUGAUGAGGAAGAGGAGGAGGAAGAAGAGAUGUUGAUCAGUGAAGAAGAAAUACCAUUUAAAGAUGAUCCAAGAGAUGAGACCUACAAACCCCACUUAGAAAGGGAAACCCCAAAGCCACGGAGAAAAUCAGGGAAGGUGAAAGAAGAGAAAGAGAAGAAGGAAAUAAAAGUGGAAGUCGAGGUAGAGGUGAAAGAAGAAGAGAAUGAAAUCAGGGAAGACGAGGAGCCUCCUAGGAAGAGAGGAAGAAGGCGGAAAGAUGACAAAAGCCCACGAUUACCCAAAAGGAGAAAGAAGCCCCCCAUCCAGUACGUCCGCUGUGAGAUGGAAGGCUGCGGGACCGUCCUUGCUCACCCGCGCUAUCUGCAGCACCACAUUAAAUACCAGCAUUUGCUGAAGAAGAAAUAUGUAUGUCCCCAUCCCUCCUGUGGACGACUCUUCAGGCUCCAGAAGCAGCUUCUCCGACAUGCCAAACAUCAUACAGACCAGAGAGAUUACAUCUGUGAAUAUUGUGCUCGAGCCUUCAAGAGCUCCCACAACCUGGCGGUGCACCGGAUGAUCCACACCGGCGAGAAGCCGCUCCAAUGCGAGAUCUGUGGGUUCACGUGCCGGCAGAAGGCGUCCCUUAACUGGCACAUGAAGAAGCACGACGCAGACUCCUUCUACCAGUUCUCCUGCAACAUCUGCGGCAAGAAGUUUGAGAAGAAGGACAGCGUGGUGGCGCACAAAGCGAAGAGCCACCCCGAGGUGCUGAUCGCCGAGGCCCUGGCCGCCAACGCCGGCGCGCUCAUCACCAGCACAGACAUCCUGGGCACAAGCCCCCAGGCCCUCAGCCCACCCGCCGGCGGCCAGGGCCUGCCACUGCUUCCCGAGCCCCUGGGCAACCCCGCCCCCGGAGAGUGCCUGCUGCUGGAAGCCGAGGGCGUGUCCAAGGCCUUCUGUGGCGGGCCCGAGCGGGUGAGCCUGGUGACCGACGGCAAGCUCUUCGUGGGCGGCGGGGGCGGCACGGGCGCGGACGGGCUGGUCAUGAACUCGGACAUCCUCGGUGCUACCGCAGAGGUCCUGAUCGAAGACUCGGACUCAGCGGGGCCAUAGCCAGGGGCGGACCGGGCGCUGGGACGGCUCAGACUUUGUAUUUAAAAGACAAAAAGGACAAAAAAAAAUUUAAAGCAUUUAAAAUCUAGUGAAAUAACUGAAGGGCCUGCUCUUUCCAUUGGGUCACAGCACACACACACACACAGCCCCUCUUCUCCCUCUGUCACCCCCUUGAUAAAAUUGACGUUGCCUUUCCCAGGAAGCUCGACAAAGAAGCCGCUGCAGCAGCUCUUAAAGGAAGGGUUCUUUCUAAACUCACUUCCAACCAGGCAGACUUCCUGCUCAUCAGCAGACCCCCCCCCCUUUCACCCCGUAGCUUCAGUGUGCUCUGGAUCAGCUUUUAACUCUUAAUGAUAUAUUGAUAUCCUCUCGACCCCUCCUCCUCCUCUCCCGCUGCCCUGUGGUCCUGGCUUCUACCCUUGCAGCACAUGUAUCUUCCAAGUAUCAUAUACUUCUAAUCUCUGGAGGCUGGCAGCUUGACUUGGCACUUUAAGGCCCCUGAGCAGGGUGAGCUGUUAAAACAGCGCACAUCUCUCACCCCCUCUCCCUCCACCCUCUCCAGGUGAAGGAAGGAAGGCAGGCUGCAUGGGGACCACCUCCCUCCUCUUGGCCUUCUCCGUCUUCCUCGCCGCGCCCCCCAGCCCCUCCAUAAGGUUCUCAAUGGUGCUCACUCGCUCGCAAGCAGGCUCCUGGCAAGGAGGGGCCGCCCGCCCCAUGGUCUCCGGCCAUAGACAGGGCUCUAUCGGUGAGAAGUCCCAGACUAAUGACAGAAAUUUGCACUUUGAACAUGUGUGUUUUUGUGUUGUGGAACCUGAGAUUCCUUAUUUAUUAAUGGAAAGUCUGAUUUCUUUUUUUUUUUUUUUUUUUUGUCUUUGUUGCUAUAUUUUGUGGGGCUGGGCAAGAUUACAUUAUUCUGACGUGGGGUCCUUUGCAUAAGAGGUACUUGUAGAAGGCAAAAUAGAGGGUUGAAGAAGCACAGCCAGCCCCUGAAAUCAUAGCGCUCCAGUGGCCUUUGCAAAAAGCUGGUCCUCAGCACCGACAGAAUCACUACAGUGCUUUUCUGGAAGCCUCUUCAGGGAAGGACGGUGGGGUGUGGUAACUAGCACUCUUCGAGCUUGCAGAGCAUCGAGGUUCAGGAAUUUUGAGGGGAGGAAGGAGGUUAUUCAGGGUCUGAACUACAGAUGCAAGGUUUUCUCUUGAGAGUUGUUCUUUGUCCCCAUCGUUUCUCUGUACACACCCCCCUGUCAGCCCAGCUCUGGCCCCUCUGUCUUUGCUUUGUUUCAUCGUGGGUUCGUCUCAGCUCCCAUUUGGUGAAGGGCACUGCCGUCAGAAAAGGAAUCAUCCGAGUUAGAUGGUUUUAAGUCAAAGGAAAUUGUUCUGUUCUGUUUCCCUUGUAAGAACACUUCAGAAGAAGGAAGUCUUCAGCACAGUUAGUAGUCUGUAUGAUGCUUUGGCUUCCACCUGAAAUUCCAGGAAUUACCGUUGCCCUUGAGAUAGGGACUUCAUGGGGUGGAUCGCUUACUACUGUCCACGGGGGAGAGACAGUUUUGUACAACUUCAUAACGUCCAGAAGACUAAAGAUCCAUUUUGGCUCAUUUUUAGAGAGCUGGAAGGGCAGUUUCUAUCCUACAUACCUCAGAAACUGAGAUUAAAGGCUUGCCCUGCUCAUUGUUCGUUAGAGAUGUGUAAUGGCUGUUGGAAAGAAUGAAGCUUUGCUGAGAACAGAAUAAGGAGCAGCUUGUUUUCCACAAACACUAAAACUACAAAGUUUAUCAGUUUUCUCUCUGAUUUUUUCCCCCCCCUAAAAAGAAGGGUAACAAAAUGCCAUCUCUGAAAGAAGCUUGCUCUACACCCACUGGUGUGCGUGGGGUAGGGAGGGAAGCGUCUGCAGUGACCGUCUUAGACGCUGCUGUCUGUGUUCCGUGGGGAGGCUUUGCCGUCGCCUCCAGGGCCGGGCAGAGAGUGGAGUAAGGAUGGGAGGAAUAUGGAAUGUGCUUUCCUGGCCACAGUGAGGGCUUGGAGUUGAUUCUGGUGUGUUGAGUAGAUGUGAAACUACUAUAAGAUUAAUCGGACGGGUCUACAGCGAAGUUCCUUUCCCGUAUAAGUCCUUUGGUUCACUAGCCGGCGUCUAUAGCCGCCACUUCUUGCCAUCAUCACGUUGACCUUAUCCUUGGUCUCCGUGAAUUACAUUUGCAGCGCUUAGUCAUCGAAUGUUUUAGCCACCUACACAAAAGCAAACUGCAUUUUUAAAAGAGAACUUGGAGACAGAGGGAAAAUGUUUUCUUCCCUUUAUCACACCCCUCCCCACCCAGAGCAGCUCAUCGGUUCUCCUGAUUUGAAACUCCCCUUGUCACUCUUCACAGCUGCCAUUUGCCUGUAAUUUGCUUCAGUGAGUUAUUGUAGCAGGCUGCGGUGAAUUUUCAGGUAUUUUUCAUGGGCUCAGUUUGCUUCCUUUUGAGAAAGGGAUGCCAGCGAAGGAGAGAGUGGCUCUGAGUGAGCUGUCACCAGUUUCUCUUCCUUUAACUUUCUGCUCCUCAGACGUUUACGUCACCAUCCUUCUAAGGAACUCAGUCUUAAAAUUCUCCGUUUCCUACUCUUAAUCAAAUUCUGGUACAUUUUUAAUACCUUCUUCCCACAGCAUAUUCAUCUUUAAUCAGCGGUUCUGAAUUUUGGAAACGUACUUGAAACAGGUGUUUCUCCAAGGUGUGCUUUCCCCCUUAUUUGUGGUUGCCCGGGGUUAUUUUGCAUAAUUGAGACUUAAUAUGUUUCAGAGAAUUUAGAUAAACACUGGCCAGGAUGACUGGGAGUGAAAAUAGAUACAUUAAUGUAUGGAAAAGCAUCCACAUAGAGCACUUGAACCUCCUUAGAACCUGUUUGGAGAAAAAAUAUAGAGUAUACUAAACCUCACUAAGGUUAUUACGGUCAGGCUGUUUGAAGCACCAUCUUUCCCUCCUGCCUUUUUCCCACCUUCCAAUGUACUCAAGAAAAUUGAAAAAUUGUAACGAAUCAAUUUAAAAUAUUUUAUUUCCUAAAAGCCUUUUUUGCCUGUUGUAAUGUGCAGGACCCUUCUCCUCUGAUGGGAGAGAGACCUGAAUCUAGGUCGAAAAGCUUAUGUAAAAAGAAACUAUAAUAAAAGGGAUACUCUGCUUUUCAAAUCCUUGUUUUCUCUUAAUCUAGCUAAGGCAUAUCCAAAAUAAAAUGUAAAGAAGAAUAAUAAAAAUUGUCUUCAUGGAA